AUGGCAGAUUUCGAUGAGUUCUUUCCUUCAAUCAAUGUUGAUGAUCUAUCAGAAUUAAUAUCAGCAACAUCAAAUGCUGAUGCAUUAUCUGUUGAUAUAUGUGACUACUUACGUGGUACCUCUGGUGCUCAAUUGCAUUUUCCACAAGUCUCGAAUUUCAACAGUAACAACAAUUAUGGUACCAUUAAUAAUAGUACCAGUCCAACUAUAUCUAAUUAUCAACAAUCAACAACAAGACGUCCACUUUAUUCUAAUUCAGCUACCAAUGAUAUUCAAACAUCAAAUAGACAACAAGUGAAUUACCAGCAGAUUGAUCAACAAUCAGCAACAGAACGUCCACUUUAUUCUAAUUCAGCUCCCUAUGACAUUCAAACAUCAAAUGAACAACAAAUGAAUUACCAGCAAAUUACUCAGCAACCAAGAACAGUAUGUCCAUUUUAUACUAAUUCAGCUACCAAUGAUAUUCACGAACCAAACCAAGAGCAAGUGGAAGAUCGGCACAGUAAUCAACUCGAUAGCAUGGUAUCUGAAGAUUUCUAUAUCAUAUCUCAACCACGUGAAAAGUUUCAUCCACGAACGGAAAGCGAAAGCAUUAAAUCAUCCCAUUUCGUACGCUGUGAAGACGGAGACAAAUAUGAAUAUCCAAUCACAAAUAUAUCUCAAACGUGGCGUAAUCAAAAGAACGUUAUUCAAGUAACUCUACUUGGCAUUGAUAAUCAACCACAUCCAUAUACAAUUAAGAAUAAGGAAUGUGGUAAAUCAUCAUUAGUAGUUAAGAAAAAUGAAUCAAAUACAAUAUAUUACGAUGUAACUAAUGAUGAUCUUGUAAAGGGUUAUAAAAGUUAUAAAAUUGAAUUAAUCAAAGGUAGACAAGAUGGGAAAAAAAUAACAAAAGAAAAAAUUAAUCAACGACAACUUAAUCAAUCUAAACUUCGUUUUACACGUUUUUAUCAAACUAUUGAUGGUUCAUAUGAACGCGAUGAAAGUAGUGUCAUAGAUACUAUCGUAAUGACAGAAGAGUAUGGCAAAUUUCGUGUGGAAGAUGUAUUUCCGCUAGAUGGACCAAUGCAAAGUAAGCGAAAAAUAUGCAUAGAAACAAAAGGUCCUGUUCCAAACGAUUUCAAAACUAACUUUGUUGUCAAUAUAAUUGGAAAUGAUAUCAAUUGCUCUCGUAAAGGAGAAGAAAUCAAGAAGAAUGGAAAUAAUUUUUCCUUUGAAAUGCCUGUACUUCCAAAUGUUCAUAUGAAUCGCGUCGAAGCAAAAAUUAAUGUUCAAUAUAAAAAAGAUCUAAUUUAUCAAGCUAAUUAUCUGUAUAUCAGUAGUUUGGAUAGAGAAUUAAAUGUAAAAACUUCCAAUGAAUCAAAUGACCGUGCUGCUGUUAAUUUUUUACCCGAUGCACCAUCCACUUCGUCUGCUAUGGAAUUUAAUUCAGGAAAUCGAAGUCAAAAACGUACUCGAAAAUAA